AUGUGCCAGCGCCUGGAUGGCUCCCGUGGCACCCGCUGGGUGUCAGGAGAGAGAGGGACGGGGAAUAGGAAUAGUGCGUGGAGGGAUUCACCGGCAGCCGUGCAAGGAGGUGGAGGCAGAGCCGCUCUCGACACCGUGUUUCUGCUCGUGGGGUUCAUGGAUAACGGCGGUUCGGGGCUGCCAAGGCGUAGUGAACCUCGGGGGGAGUUAAGGUUGGGCAGGGGCUCUCCAAUUCCUUCGCUCUUCCCGUGCAUCUCGCACCCAGCCUACAGCAUCACGGCCCGGGUCUUGCCUCCGGUGGGUGCAUGGACCACGCGGAGGAGACCAGAAUUAUCCAAAGCCAAAACCAGGAGAGGAGAGCAAGUGACCUUCACCAAGCGCAAGUUCGGCUUGAUGAAGAAAGCCUACGAGCUGAGCGUCCUGUGCGACUGCGAGAUCGCCCUGAUCAUCUUCAACCACUCCAACAAGCUCUUCCAGUAUGCCAGCACCGACAUGGACAAGGUGCUGCUCAAGUACACCGAGUACAACGAGCCCCACGAGAGCCGGACCAACGCAGACAUCAUCGAGACGUUAAGAAAGAAAGGUUUUAACGGCUGUGACAGCCCGGAGCCCGACGGCGAUGACUCGAUAGACCAGAGCCCCUUGAUGGAGGAUAAAUAUCGUAAAGGCAGCGAGGAUCUGGAUAUCCUGUUCAAGCGAUACGGUUCCGCAGUGCCCGCCCCGAACUUCGCCAUGCCCGUGACGGUGCCGGUGACCAACCAAAACACGCUGCAGUUCAGCAACCCGGGCAGCUCGCUGGUGACCCAGUCCCUGGUGACCUCCUCGCUGACGGACCCCCGGCUCCUCUCGCCGCAGCAGCCGGCGCUGCAGAGAAACACCGUGUCCCCGGGGCUGCCGCAGAGGCCGGCCAGCGCAGGGGCGAUGCUCGGGGGAGACCUCAACAACACGAACGGAGCCUGCCCAAGCCCCGUGGGAAACGGCUAUGUGAGUGCCAGAGCCUCUCCGGGUCUCCUCCCCGUGUCCAACGGCAGCAGCUUGGGCAAGAUCAUCCCGGCCAAGUCCCCGCCACCGCCCUCCCACAGCACGCAGCUCGCCACCAACAGCCGCAAGCCGGAUUUACGGGUGAUCACCUCGCAGAGCGGGAAGGGGCUGAUGCACCAUUUGACGGAGGAUCACUUGGCUCUGCAGAACACGCAGCGGUUAGGUGUCUCCCAAGCGACUCACUCUUUAACCACACCGGUUGUUUCUGUGGCUACUCCGAGUUUGCUGACGCAGGGGCUGCCUUUCUCCGCCAUGCCCACGGCGUACAACACAGAUUAUCAGCUGACGAGCGCUGAGUUGUCUUCGCUGCCAGCGUUCAGCUCACCUGGGGGGCUGUCCCUUGGCAACAUCUCUGCCUGGCAGCAGCAGCAGCAGCAGCAGCAGCAACAGCAACAGCAACAGCAGCAGCAACAACAACAGCAGCAGCAGCAACAACAGCAGCAGCAGCAGCAACAGCAGCAGCAGCAACAGCAGCAGCAGCAGCAGCAACAGCAGCACCUGGUUCCUGUAUCACUAGGAAAUUUAAUACAAGGGAGUCACUUGUCCCACACCACCACUUUGACUGUCAACACCAACCCCAACAUCAGCAUCAAGUCGGAGCCCGUCUCGCCCAACCGGGAAAGAAACACUGCCACCCCGCUCAGCACCUUCCCC